CAUGUGGAUCAUCUUUGGUGAUUAAGAAAUUUACAAAUUCUAUUUCAUUCCAAGACAAAGCGGUCUGAACAGAUCAUUGAUUGUGUGUGUAUAGCUAUACGACCUGAAGCCGAAUCCUUUAUUAUCUUUCCUGGUGGGGUGACAUGGUCUGGUCGAUAUUGCACUUGUAGUUGGCAAUAUUACUGAAAUUCAAUUGGUUUAAGUUAGGCAGUCUUGUUAUAGGACUUAUUUAUCUGUGUUGGAUGUAAGAAUUGUAUCUAUUUGGGUCACUAAUGUCGAUUCUUUGAAACAAUGAAUUAUUGAUUUCAUGUAGGAGGAAUUGCAAGCUAAAUUGUGAAGAUUAUCUCUCCUUUUGAGUUUCUUUCAAUCUCCCAGAUGUUCAUGAAGUCUGUUGAAUAGAGUGUAAGUGGUGUUAAGCAUAAUGAACACUGAUGCUGGGAUUUCAUCUUCCAAAAUUGUGGAUUCAACGAGUAGUUGGUGUCAGCUGGAAAUUUGCUAUACAGUUUCUAUGAAGCAAACUGGUCAAUACUCCAUGGUUCAUAAAGCUACUCAGAGUUCGCCUUCUCCUGUACUUUCUUUUGUGGAGAGAGGGCCUCAAGAUGCAGAAUCAUCUCAUGUAACAGCGGUUGAUUCAGAACAUGGAUGCCCAAAGUCAGGAAAUGAGUCAACUUCAUCUAAGACCAUGCGAGAUGUCCAUAUUUCAACGAGGUUAAUGGAGGACUUUCUUGAGGUUGCUAAAGAAAAUACAGAGAAGGAUCUGGAAACAUGUGGUAUACUAGGUGCCUUCCUUGCAAAGGGAACCCUCUACAUGACCACUCUGAUUGUGCCAAAACAGGAAUCAACUUCCAGUUCUUGUCAAGCUACAAACGAGGAGGAAGUUUUUGCAAUUCUAAAUGAAAGAUCCCUUUUGCCUGUGGGAUGGAUCCAUACCCAUCCUUCUCAAAAUUGUUUCAUGUCAUCAGUGGAUCUGCACACUCAAUAUUCUUAUCAGGUGAUGGUUCCUGAGGCUUUCGCCAUUGUGCUGGCUCCUAAAGAUACCUCAAGGAGCUGUGGACUGUUUCGGAUAACUGACCCUGAUGGAAUGAGCAUUCUAAAAUGCUGCCCAGAGACAGGAUUUCAUCCACACAAAGACCCAGAUAAUGGGAGUCCCACGUAUGAGCAAUGCUCCAAUGUCUACAAGAACUCCAAUCUGAGAUUUGAAAUCUUUGACUUGCGCUGAAAAUGGCCUUGUUCAUAUAACACAGGUCUUGCUUUUCAAGAUACACUGGCAGAAGUUAUCAUGACAGCUAUGUCCUAGUUACUUGACCUGAAAAAGUUCUCGACUUUCUUGACAUGUUCAGUAUACAUAACAAUAUUUUGGCGCACGGUAGUUAUUACAAAGAGACAGUAAAAGCUCAUCAAGGCAUCCCUUUUGAUAGGCAUUUAUUGGCCCUUUGUAUAGCCAGCAGGUACUAGAUGGUGUAAAAAAAUUGUCAGUUCAGUGGUUGAGGUAAAGUGGGUUUAGUACUAAAAGCUCAUUGUCUUGGUCCGUAUUGUGUUGUGACGCGGGGAAACCAACUUGACCUUUAGUUGUAAGAAGCAGACUAAAUAAGGGUUUUCAGGUAAAAGAAAAAGAAAAAGAAGACGACCAAAUAAGGGUUUCUUUU